AUGACAUCCCUUACGAAACAAUCAUCUCCAGUUUCACUUCUUCAAUUAUCCUUCUUUCUUAGUUAGAACAGUGAAACUUAUUUUGUGGACAUGACGGAUAAGGAAAAGCUCUUCUUCUUUUAUAUCAUCGCCCUUCUUCUCUUAGCUGGGAUUGGAGUGAAGGGUUCUCAUCAUCAUGGCCACCACCACCGUCCUCGAAUUCUUCAAGUGCAGAAACUGUUUGUCUUUGGAGACUCGUAUGUUGAUGCUGGGAAUAGAAAUAAGUCGGAGGCUGAGUCAUGGAAGAAGCCGUAUGGGAUCACCUUCCCUGGAACGCCGACCGGCCGGUUCUCUGAUGGCCGAGUGUUGUCGGAUUUUGUAGCUGCCUUUAUAGGAAUACAAUCUCCUAUACCGUACAGAAGGAGGAAUAUCGGCCCAAAACAAUACGGCAUGAAUUUCGCUUAUGGUGGAACUGGUGUCUUCGAUACGUUGUAUCCCUACCCAAACAUGACCACCCAAAUCGAUAUGUUUCAGCAGCUGAUCAAACAAGGGGUGUAUACAAAGAGAGAUCUCCAAUGCUCCUUGGCGCUCCUAUCUGUAGUCGGUAAUGACUACACCACGUAUCAAGCCAAAAACGGCUCCACAGCAGAGAUACAAGUCUUCAUCACAUCUUUAAUUAGUCAGCUUGCAUUAGAUAUAAAACGCAUUACCGAUCUUGGCAUAAAAAAGAUCGCAGUAACAGGUCUCCAGCCCAUCGGAUGCCUACCGCAGAACACCAAGGCUUCAUCCUACCAACAAUGCAAUGACUUGUUCAAUCAGGUUGCAAAUAUACACAACCUCUUGUUGAAGAAUGCUGUGGAAGAGUUGAACAAAAAUGGCAAUAAAUCAACUGUCGUGAUUUUCGAUCUCUACAAAGCAUUCAACUCCACACUUCAGAGCACUGGAAAACAAGGAAGGUGGAAGUUUGAGAAUCCGAUGAAGCCUUGCUGCGCAGGAGUGAGCAGUGCAUUCUCGUGUGCAAGUGUAGAUGAAAAUGGUACCAAAAUGUAUACAGUGUGUGAAAGCCCAGAGUCUGCUUUCUUUUGGGAUGAUGUCCACCCUACACAGAUGGGCUGGGAUGCUAUCUCAUCAUAUUUGAAAAACACUCUCUACAAUUUCUCAUCCUAAAACUUCAUGGGCUUGGUCUGUUUCCCAUUAGUUUUUCCAAUUGGCUCAGUUUGCAUGUUGUGAUGUAAGUGCAAAUUUUGGAGCACAUGAAAAUAAGGGAAACUUGUUUAACAUAUUUUAUAUUUUGUUACUAUUUUUUAACUA